AAGUAGAAGAGGAGGAGAGAGAAAGGGGUGGAGACUUGAAGCCGCUUCAGACCGCCCGCCUUCUCCGUCCUGCUCGCGCCGCUUAGUCAAGCUUGUGCUCCUUGGACGUUCCUUUCCUGCCUUAAAAGUCGGGUGUCUUUUAUGAAUAAUCAAAAGCAGCAAAAGCCAACGCUAUCAGGCCAGCGUUUUAAAACUAGGAAAAGAGAUGAAAAAGAGAGGUUUGACCCCACUCAGUUUCAGGACUGUAUUAUUCAAGGUUUAAAUGAAACUGGCAGUGACUUGGAAGCAGUAGCAAAAUUCCUUGAUGCUUCUGGAGCAAAACUUGAUUAUCGCCGCUAUGCAGAGACACUCUUUGACAUUCUGGUGGCUGGUGGAAUGCUGGCCCCAGGUGGUACACUGGCAGAUGACAUGAUGCGCACAGAUGUCUGUGUGUUUGCAGCACAGGAAGACCUAGAAACGAUGCAAGCAUUUGCUCAGGUCUUUAACAAGCUGAUCAGGCGUUACAAAUACCUGGAAAAAGGCUUUGAGGAUGAAGUCAAAAAGUUGCUGCUAUUCUUGAAAGGUUUUUCAGAGUCUGAGCGGAACAAACUGGCCAUGCUGACGGGUAUUCUUCUGGCCAAUGGGACACUUAAUGCGUCAAUUCUCAACAGUCUAUAUAAUGAGAAUCUAGUUAAAGAAGGUGUUUCAGCAGCCUUUGCAGUAAAACUGUUCAAAUCAUGGAUAAAUGAAAAAGAUAUCAAUGCAGUGGCUGCUAGUCUUCGUAAAGUCAACAUGGACAACAGGCUGAUGGAACUCUUUCCAGCCAACAAGCAAAGCCUUGAACACUUCACAAAAUACUUCACUGAUGCAGGAUUAAAGGAACUUUCUGAAUACGUCCGGAACCAGCAGUGCAUAGGGGCUCGUAAAGAACUGCAGAAAGAACUUCAGGAGCAGAUGUCACGUGGGGAUCCCUUUAAGGAUAUCAUCUUGUAUGUCAAGGAAGAGAUGAAGAAAAACAACAUAUCAGAACAGACUGUGAUAGGCAUUAUCUGGUCCAGUGUAAUGAGCACUGUGGAAUGGAACAAAAAGGAGGAGCUAGUAGCGGAACAAGCCAUCAAGCACUUGAAGCAAUACAGCCCUCUUCUUGCUGCCUUUACAACCCAAGGUCAGUCUGAACUGACACUGUUGCUCAAGAUUCAGGAGUACUGUUAUGACAACAUCCACUUCAUGAAAGCCUUCCAGAAAAUAGUGGUGCUCUUCUACAAAGCUGAGGUGCUAAGUGAAGAACCCAUCCUGAAAUGGUAUAAAGAUGCACAUGUUGCCAAAGGAAAGAGUGUCUUUCUGGAACAAAUGAAAAAGUUUGUAGAAUGGCUCAAGAAUGCUGAGGAAGAAUCUGAGUCUGAAACUGAAGGUGACUAAGUUGUCAAAAACAGUAAAGCAAACAGGAGCAGUAGAUAAAACGUCAUGUCUCGUGUCCUUCUGAUUCUUACAUCCUACCUCCCUUUAUCAAGCAUGAUAUAAGGGCUCUCAUGGCAAAAUUUUGUUUGUGUUUUCUAUGAUCGUUAGAGAACACCAGAUUUAGGUUUUUAAAACCAUGUGUUAGUAGCUUACAGGAGCUAUAGAUUUGAUUCCAACAUUGCAUUACUUUUUUGUUACCUUCUACCUCCUGUAUUUUCUACUGUAACAUAAUUUAAGGCCUUCCACAACUUUAAUUCAUUUUAUCCCUGGGUUUUCUAUUAAAAAGUUUACAAGUAGACAUGAUUUGGGAAAAUUAAAUUUGUUAUAAAAAUUCUGUUUGCAAAUUAAACUGUACAAGUAUCCAAAGUAAA